AUGGGGAACCAAGCUUCCUCUUCGCGAAUACCGACGCCCACAAAGCUCUCGUUCGAGGAGAAGGACACCUUCAUGGAGGUCUCCGACUCGGUUGCGGCGCUGCACAUAACCGACCCGUUAUCGAGCGAUGGCUCGCUGACCCUCAGCCAGGUCGCCUCCUGGGAGAAAGCCGCCAACACUGACUCGAAGAUCCGACUUGCGCGCACGAUCUUCCACCAGUCGAACAUCCGUUCGGUGCUCAAGUCCCGCUCGGCGGGCAUUGCGGAUCAGCACAUCUUCAACAACGUGCUGGACUACAAGACGACUCCGAUUACAAACCAGAAGAGCAGUGGGCGCUGUUGGCUGUUCGCCACGACCAACGUCAUCCGAUAUGGGAUCAUGAAACGCUUGAAGCUGAAGGAGUUCCAACUGUCCCAGUCGUACCUCUUCUUCUGGGAUAAGCUCAACAAGGCCAACUACUACCUUGAGCUCAUGAUUGAGACCGCCGACUUGCCCAUUGAUGACCGACUUAUCACCCACCUCUCCACGGAACUCAUCAGCGACGGCGGCCAAUGGGACAUGGUGGUAAACCUCAUUGAGACCUACGGCAUCGUCCCUCAGAGUAUCUAUCCCGAAUCCACGCAUUCUUCGCUAUCUGGCCCUCUUAACUCCCUCUUGAAGACCAAGCUUCGCGAGCAUGCCAUCAUUCUCCGUUCUUUGGCCGACACGCUCCGGGGUGCACACGUGAGGGAAGAGACUGUCAUCGCUACUCUCCGAGCGAAGAAGGAAGAGCUCGUAAGGGAGGUGUACAAGAUCUUGACCGCCACCCUCGGUGUUCCGCCUCCACCUAACAAGCGGUUCAUUUGGGACUACGUCGAUUCCGAAGAUAAGGCUGCACGAUGGGUGGGUUCGCCCAAGGAUUACUUUGAGCAGUUUGCGAGCAAGCCCUUCUCGCCUUUGGAUUCUUUCUCGCUCAUCAACGACCCUCGUAAUGAGUACAACAAACUCUACACUGUUGAUAAGCUUGGAAAUAUCUGGAACGGACGGCCUAUUCUUUACGUCAACACUGAAAUCGAGACCAUCAAGUCCGUUGUCGUCAAGCUCAUUAAAGCUGGACAGCCCGUAUUCUUUGGUUGUGAUGUUGGCCAGUUCUCCGACAAGGACGCUGGGAUCAUGGAUACUGCUCUCUUCGACUACGAGAAUGCCUUCGAUAUCAACUUCGGUUUGACCAAAGCCGACCGCCUUCAGAUCGGCGAAUCCGCCAUGACACACGCAAUGGUGAUCACGGGAGUCCACCUCGACCCGACUGGCAGACCGGAGCGGUACAAGGUGGAGAAUUCAUGGGGGGAGACAGCCGGCAAAGAAGGGUACUUUGUUAUGACCGACGCUUGGUUCGAGCAAUUCGUGUACCAAGUCGUCGUUCCGAAGGCUCUCGCGCCGAAGGACCUUGUUCAGGUGCUCGAAUCAGGGGAGAAGAUCGUCUUACCGCCCUGGGACCCGAUGGGCGCGCUGGCUUGA